CAGUUUUACAUCUCGUGAACAAGAUUUAGUCACCACAUUUCCACCAGAAGAGAAGACAGCGCUGGCUAGCAUUUUCCAUUCGUUGAGCUGGCCGGGGAUGCUAACAGCAAUGUGUGUACAGGGAAUUUGAAUUAGCUUUUUUUAAAGCAGUCAAUGGCCAUAAAGCGUAGUUAUAGUAAAUAUUAGCCACAUCUACCGGGCUUUUGAGAGAAGAUCUCGUCAUGUUUGGUAGAGAUGCGGAGGUCUGGCGCGCGGGCUACCAACAAAGUCCGUCUGAAAAAACGCUGCUGUUUCCCCAGCUCUCUCGUUUUACAUAGUCCAGGUGAUAACAAAGCUGAAUCAUGCCGGGUAAAUUGAAAGCUAAGAUUGUGGCGGGGCGUCACUUACCAGUCAUGGACAGAGCCAGCGACCUCACUGAUGCCUUUGUAGAGGUCAAGUUUGGCAACACAACUUUCAAAACGGAUGUCUACCCCAAGUCCCUUAAUCCACAGUGGAACUCAGAGUGGUUCAAAUUUGAGGUGGAUGAUGAGGACUUGCAGGAUGAGCCGUUACAGAUCACAGUGUUGGACCAUGACACUUACAGUGCCAACGAUGCAAUAGGGAAGGUCUAUAUUGACAUCGACCCUCUGCUGUCCAGCGAGGCUGCUACCGUCAUCUCUGGAUGGUUCCCCAUCUACGACACUAUACACGGUAUCAGAGGGGAGAUUAAUGUUCUGGUAAAGGUGGACCUCUUCAACGACCUAAACCGCUUCAGACAGUCCUCCUGUGGGGUCAAGUUCUUCUGCACAACAUCCAUCCCGAGGUGUUACCGCGCGGCGCUGGUCCAUGGUUUUGUUGAGGAGCUGGUGGUGAACGAGGACCCGGAGUACCAGUGGAUUGACCGCAUCAGAACCCCCAGGGCUUCUAACGAGGCCCGCCAGCGACUCAUCUCCCUCAUGUCUGGUGAGCUGCAGAGGAAGAUCGGUCUGAAGGUGUUGGAGAUGGGUGGUAAUGCGGUGGUGGGCUACCUGCAAUGCUUUGAUCUGGAGGGAGAGUCGGGUCUGGUGGUCCGAGCCAUCGGCACCGCCUGCACUCUGGACAAACUCAUCCCUGGGACUGCUUCCAACACCAUCACACACACCAACACCGCCCCGGCAUCCAAUGCCUGCAACUCCCCCUCUAAGGAAAUCAAAGAGCCCGUGUUCAGUGAGGACCCAACCCACCCCCUCUCCGUCCCUCCCACCCCUCUCAGAACACUUCCUUCCUCCUCCUCCUCUCCUCCUCCCUUCUCUCCAUCCAAGCCAUGCAGUCGCCAGUCCUCCUCCUCAGACACAGACCUCAGUCUGACACCCAAGAUGGGGAUGGGGAGUGGGAUCAGCGUUGGGAAAGAGGCAGGGCCUCUGAAGACCCUCCUCCGGCAGCAGGCCCAAUCAGCAUUGGAACAGAGGGAGUUCCCCUUCUUCACGUUGACUUGUUUUCCCCCCGGCUUCCUGGUUCACAUCGGGGGAGUGGUCAGCGCCCGCUCGGUCAAGCUGCUUGACCGCAUACACAACCCUGGUGAGUUCCCUACAACCACACGGUCCCAACUAUUGGAGAACACAGCAAUGUGUAUUACAGGUUGUAAUCCAUGUUGCAGUGUAGGUUGUGUUUUCAGGCUAGUUAGAUUAUGACCUGACCGAUCACUCUUGUUAAAGAGAUGUUUAAACUCAAUGGGAUCAUCUGUAUUAAGGAUCAAUAAAUGGCUAGAGGGGUAACGCACACAGUGGGAUCAGUGUGUUAGUCUGCUAGAGCUUAUAAAUAUUAGCGAUGUAGCUAUAUCAUUGAUCCUAUUCUGUGUGUGCUAGCACCAAAGAUUUAUAUACAUUAUUGGUCCAUUAUCCCCCCGAUUCUACACCCUUCUCCCAAAGUGUCUACUAGGAAUAGCCUACAGCCCAUGUUUACAGCAGGUGAAUCCUUCUACAGUUGCUUCCUGAAGCCUGUCCCACCAUGUUCCAGAGAAAGAGAGGUUCACAUUAGGCCUUCAGCCCUAUCCUGCCCUGUUGGGAACUGCUAAGCCCUAACAACUGGGAAAGGAAAGGGAAUACCUAGUCAAUUGCACAACUGAAUGCAUUCCCCCGAAAUGUGUCUUCCACAUUUAACCCAACCCCUCUGAAUCAGAGGUGCGGGGGUUCUGCUCAAGGGCAGAACGGCAGAUUUUUCCACCUUGCCGGCUCUGGGAUUUGAACCAGCGACCUUUCGGUUAAUGGCCCGACGUCCGGGUCACUGAUACUGGGUCAGAUUAUAUUUUCAUCCUCCUAAUGUUUAGGAUUAUGGGUGGGUUAAUCGGAUCCUAGAUCUGUGGUUAUGGGGACUGCUAGUUGUGUGUGUGUCUGUGUGUAGUAGCUUCCUCUCUGUGCUGUGUGUGGUGGUUGCUGUCACCUGGUAUUGAGGUUUUUUAGUGCAUGGCUGGGGUGUGCUGAGGCUUGGCUGUGUCGUGUGUUGGUCUUUUGGGCUGAAGGAGGCUCUGACCUGAUGUGGUCUGUACUCCAAAGCCUUAAGGUGGCUACAAGCUUCACUCCGUUGAUGGACUUGCAUGCAUGUGCAAGUGGGCGGAGGCAGGUUUUUUAUGGGCAGUACGCACUUUUGUCCACAUAGAGAGGAAGUCCACCUUGUGUAGUGUAUAUUCACUAUGGGGCUUGGAGAACCAGGGUAGUUUACCAAGCAAGAGGGUCCGUGGCUCUAGCUAGGCAACAGGGAUUUUCAUCCAGGAGGGGAUUGAAUGUCUCUGCUGUAACCAAGAAGCUUGAUCUUGACAUCUAGCAACUUAGCUAUAAAGUUAGCAAACCAAAUGCAUAACUGGAGCACUGAGCAGGAUAUCAUUUAUUUGACACAUCUUAGGUUUCUUAUAGUUAUACUUAACUUAUAGUUAGUU